AUGGAGUCAGGUAAAGAGCCCACAGGACCUUCCGCUGCUGGGGCUCCAGCAGCAAAGCCGCCUUCCACUGCGCCUGCAGCAACAGCAGCAGCAGCAGGAGCAGCAGCAGCAGGAGAAAGACGACCGUCUUUAUCGGGAUCAGUUCCUGCUGGUACCUCUCUUGGCUCUGCUGCUGCUGCGCCUGCUGCUGCUCCUGCAGCAGCAGGUGGAGAGCAGGAAGCCCAGCGUUCUGCUGCCUCCGCGCCAGGCGCGGGGUGCAGGCGGCGGCUGCUGGAUAGUGACGAUGAGUCUCCGGUGCGACCCCGAGGGAAGAAAAACAAAUUGAUGGCAGACAGUUCAGAUGAAGAUGUCGUCUUAGACAAAAUGCGCAUUGCUCCUCCCCGCACGCAGUCUGAAACUGCCGCCCCCAAGGCAGCAGCAACAGCAACAACGCAGCAGAAGCAGCAGCAAAACGGCACCAACAAGGCUGCACCGCCAGCGAAACCGAAAGCUCCAGCGAAAAGCCGACGGCCUAGCGGUGACGACAGCAGCAGCGGCAGUGGCAGCAGCAGCGGCAGCAGCAGCGGGAGCGGCAGCAGCGGGAGCGACAGCAGCAGCGGGAGUGGCAGCAGCAGCAGCGAGAGCAGCAGCGAGAGCAGCAGCAGCGAGAGCAGCAGCGGAGAGGAGUCAGACGCUCGUUCAAGAAGCCGGGCCAAGUCAGGGAGGUCGCAGAACAAGAAAAAACAAAUGGCGAGGACGAAAGCAACGAGGCAGCGUCAAGCUAAGGCGGAAGGCGGUAAGCAACGGGGUGUACGUGCACCUCCUGCCAGCAGAAAAACAGGGGAAGGAGCAGACAGCGAUGAAGAAGGAGAAGAACAAGAAAUUAGCAUGGGUACAUUCGAUCCCAAGAAGAGGAGCCUGAAAGACCGACUCGUCGCGCAGUUCCUUAGACGGUGGUGGUACGCUUGGCCGCAGUGGCCGCCUGCGGACUUCGACUAUUCGAAGGAGUUAGAGAAGAGAAAGCUGAAAUGGGUUUCUUUAGAAGAGUAUGAAGACCUCGACGACGUGGACAAGAACGGAUAUACAAAAGUCUACCAAAUUUCAGCUUUCCCAGGGGUGUUCCGGGACCCCCACGGUAAUGCAAUAGACCUGCGUCCGGAGGAAGGCCGCCCCAGCUACAGAAAUGCACGGCAGCUGUCGGAGUUGGAGUUGCUGCAGUUAAUAGCAAAGGCAAUAAGGGGUCAAAUGACAGAUCUAAAGACCUCCCCAUUCGAUGAAACAGCCCUUCAACGCGCUCUUCAGCAAGAGUUGGAGGAGGUGGAAUCGGAGUACAAGCAAAUGCAGAGGCGGGCAGAGGCUGCUAAGGGGCGAGCCUGA